AUGAAUUUCCUCAAAAGCAAUUUAAAUAAAGUUAUAACUGUCGUUGUUGUUGUAAGUGCUACAAUUGCAAGUAUCAUCGUAUAUAGCUACUAUUCGUCAAGAGGUACUGAAAAGCAGUCUGAAAAAAGCAGAGAGCGUCGAGUAAAUUCAAAAAGCAAAAAGUCAUCAAAAGCAAUCGAUAUCACUGUUAAGAAGUUACCAGAUGAAGUUGACGUGGAGAUCUCACCAUCUAGAAGCCCCACAGGCAAUGAACCUGGCAGGAGUCAGAGCACUAGACUUGUUGAAGGUGGAAUUUCAGAUGAGGUUUCAGGAUCGGUUAUCGAUCAAACGUUGAAGUUUCAGGCAACUAGAGAAGACAUAGUAUACGUUCCACCACCUGAAGACUUGGACCAUCAAGAAGAUGAGAAAGGGUCAACUGUUCCAAAACCACCAAGUCCACCGCUGCGACAAACAGACGUUUAUUCGUGUGAGUGUGAUCAAAGCACAAGUCGAUCGUCGAUCAUUGAUGGUGCCUUCGAUUCGUCGAUUGAAGUUCAGACCGCACGAACCGAAACUCAGCCAGUUCGAUAUGAUCCAUUCACUCCAGUCAAUUUGCUUGAAGAACAAGGUGUCUCAGAUUUAAGUGAUAAAUCUUUACAAGAGCCCGAAGGGGUGUUGAACCAUCGCAUAAUCGUUCCAUUCCUACCAGUCCUGAACGCAAUAUGCUACGCCGCCAAACACGUCGAAUUGCUCGGUCAACUUCGCGACAACUAUUCGUUCUAUGAGCGCAACUAUGUAUAA